CGUGAGAAAAGGUGAGAAACUUUAGGUGAGAACCGUGUCCAUUAUCAAAAUAAGAAGCGAAAAGUGCUGUGUUUUCGAGUAUUUAUUUUCCAAAAACAUUGAAAAAAUGGCUGGUUUGGUCCAGGAUUGUUUCUCGAUAGGCAGUACCGUCGCCUGCAUUACUUGCUACAACCAGAAUAUCGAAGGCGAGGUUCUUGCGUUUGAUCAGCAAACCAAAAUGCUCAUACUCAAAUGUUCAUCGAUAAGCAACUCGUCCAAAUUGAACGAUGUUUUCAUUGUCAACUUGGCACUUUGCAGCGACGUCCAGGUAAAGAAAGAAGUAAACUCCAUACCCGAUCCUCCACAGUCCCUGAAUCUGCAGCGUUUGAGCACACGGGUUCGAAAUCAAGUGGAACAGAAGAAGCGACAAGUUUCGGCUUUGGCCGCGGGCGUUAGCCAAGAGGGGCAGACUUUGUUUUUGGCGAUUGCAAGGACGAUCAAUCAGGUGUCAUGGGAUGGUCCAAAUAUUGUAGUUUUCCAAGAUGUGACCAUUGCACCACCAUACAAAGUGGAAAAUGUCAAAGGUUCUCCAGACUCGAGACAGCUUACAUAUGUCAAAAAAAUAGUUGAGAAACAUGUAAAUGAUCAAGCUGCAAGUUCGAAUGCUAACAUGCCCUCGUCGUCCCCCUCGAAUGCGGCAUCAACAACUACGAUCUCCGCUAAAUAAUAAUGCGGUCCUUUCCUGUCCAGAACAAAUGGUACAAGAUGGAAGGUGAAGGACAAAGUUUAGAAAGUUGGAUUAGAAAAAAAGAUCAUUCGAAAGCGUAAGGAGCAGUUCACUCCGCAAUCAAUCUAUGAUUUAUUUCAAGAAAACACAAAUUCGCGAUAAAGUAAGUAUGCAAAUAGUUCAUUCAUCUCACGGAUAUUCAGCUCUGUCUUUCUUUCAAAGCCAAAUUAUCAAUAUGAAUUAUUCGAAUUUCAUAUUUUUCAGUAAUUGAAAAACUUACCCCCGACUAUUAUGAAAAUCAAUAGGCAUCAAAAGUUCCGUAUGUUUUCAUUUCUAUCAUACAAUAAACACAUGUUUCAAAAUGA